AGUAUGCUAAUGAGGUUCAUAGACCAUUUCCAAGGACUUGGAGUUGGUUGUUUUCGCCUUUCUCUCCAAGAUGCCGAAUCGAGCCACUCCAGUCGUAAGCGUCAGAUCGGCGCGUUGCUCUGCAAUAAUGAUUCUCAUCUUGGGAAUCUUAUUCGACCUUACUGCAUCUGUCUACUUUGGAUUUAAUAUAUAUUUUUACCUUAGCACGUCGUACGCUUUCCAGCUUUCCAGUAUGGGUGCUGGUGGGAAAUUAUACUGGAGAUGGGGAUACCCCCUACUCAUUGGUACCUUGAUUCAGGUCACUGGGUGUGUUGGAUUAUGUGCAAGCAAUCCAAGGCGUUUACGAAACAAGUGCCGAACAGCCACAUUUUGCAUCUUCUCCAUCGUCCUCAUUGGAUUUGAAUCCUACAUCAUUGAUGCGUUUAAGCUUGAAUUGACAGUGUUCAUUAGGAAUUUUAAAGCUGGUGCGUGUAACGAAAUCUACUGCUAUGUCUACCUGUCGUCGUAUGGUUCUUUCGUAUUCCUUGCUGCUUUGAUUCUAAUAAAUUGUAUCUGGUGUGUGAUCUGUUGCUUGGGGUCGUUAUUUUGCAUGCCUGGUGAGCACCCUAGAGCACAGGACGGAGAACAGCAGUGGUCCCCCAACCAAUCCCACAAUGCAAGGCAAUAUGCCAAUGCAGGGAAAUGCACCCAUGGCAUGUGGCAGUGGCUCCUCCCUCUAUCCCAAAGUUCCAGGAAACAUGCAAUCUAUGCAAGGUUCUGCGACACCCAUGGCACAAGCCACAUCCGGAGAAAAGAAUGCCAAAUGAAAACCCUUCGUUCAGCAGAAGUAGUCACGAGAGGCACAGUCAUGAAAGAGUGUAGCUAGAACAUAGUAGAUCCCGGGAACGGUCCUCUAGAAUGCUAGGUGGCACAUUCUAUAUUUUGCAGGAUAUUGUAGUUGCCUUUAUACCCUGUGUAACAUCAAUACGUAAUUUGUCUUAUACAGCUGUUAAAAAAAGCUGGUAAAGUUUUCCCCUGCAUGUUGCAUGUUGCAUGUUGCAUGUUGCAUGUUGCAUGUUGCAUGUUGCAUGUUGCAUGUCGAUUCUUAAUUGCUUUCAAUUUGCUACAUCACCCAUAGUGUAUUUCGUUCUUGACAUGCCACACAGAACCAAGCAAAACCUUCACUGGCUAGAUCGACAUCUUUUUCGAAAAAGCAGUAUUUUCAUUGUAGAAUAGAAAAAAUAUAAUACCUUAUCUAUCCACGAACUACUUAGAAGUUUAUAGAAGAGUGUUUCUUUUUCGUAAAGCGUUAGUCAAUAAAUAUAAACGAUAUAAACCGAUGACCUAGUUUUAUGCACGAACAUAUUUGUCUUAAACAAUACAGUGCACACACACACAAAAAAAACGCUUUUAAUUUUAGAUAGCAUCUUCUGCGAUUCUAGUAUAGUUGGCAGCAGACUUUUUUUUUUUUGCUGCUGUUGUAAAAUCAGGAUUGUAAGACACAUUUAUUGAAAAAACAAUAAACUUCCUCAAGUUGUAACUGA